AUGGAAUCUCAACAAAAUUCAGACAAGCUUGCAAGUGAGCCUGGGUUUUACGCUCAAACAAAUCACUCAGUUUAUGCUCUUCUCGGCCACGAAGACAAUGAGAACAUUGCUUUGCCCAUCAACCCAAAUUUUCUCACAUACAAAGAAGGAGUUAUGAAUAAACGGUAUAUGGAAGCUCUAUAUCUUGAUAAAACCAAUCAUAGACAUUUAUCAAGGGAAUUUAUCAACAAUUUGCUGACUUUUUAUUUAUUUAUUACAAGCUAUAUUAUAAUUUCAGUAGUAACUUGGUCAUUGCUGUACUCCAGUGAUGAUCUGUGUAAGUCGCAUUAUGUUUCUCGUAUGGUUCUUUUAGGUAUAAUCCUAAUUUUCGCAUAUGGGAUUCUAUUUUCAAUUUGGAAAUAUCAUUCUUUGAUUUACUAUUCACAGUACUUGUAUGGAGCCUUGGGCUUUUUUAUAAUGCUUUAUUUAGUUCUAUGUGAUGAAAACAUCCUUUCAGGGAUUUCAGGAAACCCAUAUAAUUCGAGCACCCAGUCACAUGUGCUUGUGAUGGCUUGCUUUAUUGUUUUGCUUACCCUCCCAUCCUUGAUCACGAACUUUUUGAAAAAAUCAUAUAUAAAUAUGCUAUAAGGAUUAAGUUUUUCUAUGUAAAAUUUUUAUGCGUUAGCGAUAAGAUAUAUUUUUAGCCACUUCUAUAAACUCUAAUGCGAUUUAUAACAUAUUUGAUAAUAUUUAUUAUUAUUAAAUAUAGCUAGAUAAAUUCUAGCAGCACAGGAUUUGCGGAGUUAGGAUUGUAACAUUUGAUAACUUUGUAAACAUUGCAGCGAUUUUUAUUGUAUCCUUGAUUUUGCUAUUGGCUUGCUUUAUUGCCUUUACAACGAUUUCUGUUGUGGCAGUUUUAUCAGAUUUUUUUAUACUGUUAGUUUUCUGUGUGCUACAACUAGUUGAGUCUCGACAAGUGGAGUUCAGGGCAAAACAGCUCUUUUGAAGAAAAGCUAAAGAAGAAGAAGCCUUGAACACAGGAACUGCCAUUGUAGAAAAUGAAAUAAACAACUACGAAUCAGUUUUUAAGCCAGAAAUUGAAAUUAUUUUCAAGAACCUGGACAAAAUAAAAGAAAACAUCAAAGCUGCAUCAGUCGCCAUCAUGUUUGCAGACGUGAAAACCAAGCUAAAAGUAGCUGCCUCUGAAAUAGAGAAAAUUAAAAGAAAAUUAGUCCACGGAGCCUUGUUCGACCACCCUAAUAUCCAAAAAGACAAGAACAUGGAUGAUGAAGACCUCACCUUUAUUUUAGAAAAUUUUGUUGAUGGCCGCCACGGGACUCUUCAAAGAGUAACUGUAAGAAGGAAAACUAUGCUGGAAGUUGUUGAAAAGAAGCCCUCACUUGCUUGCUUUGGGGCUUCUGAUCUUGAAAGGAUACUCUCUGGGGUUGGAGUAAAUUGGAAGUUUGAUAUAUGGUUUGUAUACCAUGCUGAGUGCUUAGUUAAGAUUAUAGAAGCUCCCUGAGGCUUAGCGACCACGAUCGCCUCUAUAAGGCUUUUGCCGCUUGCUGCCAGUCUGGGCACAGUCCUUUACUGUGCUACUCCCAUGAAUAAGGACUUAGACUCGCUACCCAAAGUUAGAGACACUAUUCGGUUCAUUUCAGAAAAUUCGAAAAAAAUUAAGUCUGCUCGAAGCUUAGCAAGCAAUGCCUUGUAAUGCUUGGGAAUUACCCGAUUAUCCACUGUUGCCUUUCGACAUCACUUUAAUGUACAUUUGUAUGCCAUGCAACAAGUUCAAGUGUUUGGAUUAUUUCGAAAUACUUGCUGCAAAAGUGGGAUAUGAAUGCACUUUUCAAUAUCCCUGAGCAUGUUUCUGACACUUUCUUCCAAGCCCUGGAAAAAGUAAUUUAUAUUUAGUCUUAUAAUAAAGAUGUUCCUUAUCACAAUUCGUGCCACGCUGCUGAUGUUCUUCAUUCUCUUCUCUACUUUUUGAUUCAAAGUAACAUUUUUAACUCCCUCAGUCCCUUAGAAACCAUUGCAGCUAUGGUAGCAGCUCUAGGCCAUGACGUUGGACAUCCCGGCCUGAAUACUCGCUUCCUAAUCAAUAGCCGUAACGACCUAGCUCUUCAAUAUAACGACUUCCGGGUUCUCGAAAACAUGCAUGCCGCCAAAACAUUUGCCUUAAUGAAAGAAAAAGGCCACAACAUUUUCCAAAACUUAUCCAACGACGACUGAAUAAAAAGCCGAAAAUUGAUAAUCGAAAUGAUUUUACACACAGACAUGACGAUGCAUUUUGAAGCCCUGGGAAAGUUCAAUACAAGAUUAAAUCUUGGCGACUUGAGCUUGGACAACCAUGAAGACAAAUUCUUGAUUUUGUCAAUGGGACUAAAAUGUGCUGAUAUCGGCCAUAGUGCGAAGAUCCCUCAACUUCACGAAAAAUGGUCGCUGCUACUAAUAGAAGAGUUUUUCAAGCAGGGAGAUUUAGAAAAAGAAAUGAAUAUGCAGGUCUCGAUGUAUUGCGACAGACGGACAUGUGAUAUCAAUAAAAGUCAAGCUGGGUUCAUAAAAAAUAUCUGUAUUCCUCUAUUUGAAAGCUGAUGCAAGUUUUUGAGGUCUGAUAUAAUAAAUGUGAACUGUAUUGACCAAUUGAAUGAAAAUUGGAGAAGUUGGGAAGAAAAAGCAGGCAGCAAGCUGAAGAGACCGAACUCUAUACUGCCGAAUGACUCAAUAGCCAAUGAAGAAACUCUUAUGAAUCAUGUGAAAUCUUAGCUUACUACUUAUAACGCUUUACGUCCACUACGGGGUUGGCAGAGCCCAGACCUCCGCUCGCCUUUCGCCGCAUCGGGCCCACAGACCUCUGGCCGGUCCACUUCGUUCACCAAGGUGCGCCUAGGGGCAAAGUGUUGCCGGCUUCGACGGAAUCAUGUGAAAUCAGUAGAAUCGCCUACAAUAGGGCAUCCAAAGGAUUCUAUUUAG